AUGCAAGUAGCUAUGCCCGUGAGUUUAGUAGAUUCUUGUCUGGGUGUGCAAGAACUCUUGGUACUUGUGUAUUCAUGUGUUUGGCAGUCUUUACUUCCGUUGUACGAAUUAGCUCGCUUCUUUUCUUUCCCUUUUCAGUCAUCAAGCUAUCAAGCAGCACACACACACACACACACACGCACACGCACACACGUACACACGCAGCAAACCCACCUCUUAAAUAUGCUGAGCCCUACAGAACCAUUAGGCUCUGGAAAGGCCCACACGGAGGUUGUUACCGAUGAGGGUGAGGGAUACGGCGCGAUGUCAGCGGCAGACGAGAAAAGUCAUCACAAGAAUGGUGACACUCCGACAACAGACUCCAAAUUCAUGCAAUGUAUAAAUGCAAUCAUUCCCCAUGGUGGUGCCCUUUCGACAACGUUUAACCUUGGGAGUGCCACAUUGGGGGCUGGAGUCAUAAGUCUCGCUAUCGCUUUUCAGAUGAGUGGUGUGAUCCCAUCAAUCCUCAUUCUAAUUACUGUAACUGUGUUGACUAUAUACUCCGUUGGGCUGAUGAUGCAGGCAGUAGAAAUGACAGGGUACAACUCAUACACGGAUCUCUCGAGGAACCUUUUUGGACCCGGGUGGGAUUACUUCACUAUAUCGGUCUCGUGGUUGUUCACCUUUGGGACGUGCGUGAGUUAUGUAAUUGCUACCGGUUACCUUGUCGGCUCUGUUGCUUCUGGGUGCACUACAUUGGAGUUCUUUCAGGGAAAGACGGGCAAUCGCGUGAUCACGUCUAUCAUAUGGUUUGUUGGAAUGUUUUCACUCUCGUUACCCAAGGAAAUCAACUCACUACGUUACGCUUCCGCUAUCGCUGUGCUAUUCGUUUUUUAUUUUGUCAUCUGCAUUGUUGUGCACUCCGCGAAAAAUGGAUUAAAGGAUGGGAAACUUCCCGAGGAUGUUGAGAUGUUUAAAUCUGGGAACAGGGCGAUUGAGGGAUUGUCAAUCUUCAUGUUUUCAUACCUGUGCCAUAUGAACUGUUUUUCCAUUUACUCGGAGAUGCGCAAACCGAGCGCAAGGCGCAUGACACUCCACACAACGUAUUCCAUGAGUAUGUGUUGUGUGGUGUACAUCAUUGCGGGUUUCUUCGGUUAUACGGAUGUUGGGAACAAAUCUGUAGAAACUGUCUUUGAGAUUUAUGACGUGAAGGGUGACGUGAUGAUGGCAAUUGCGUUUGCGGGCAUGUUGCUGAAGAUCUGUGUUGGGUUUUCACUAUGCAUGCAACCAGCCCGUGAUUGCUGCUAUUACAUCAUUGGGUGGGAUUUGAACACACUUGAAACAUGGAAGAACUGCCUGUUUUGCGGUUGCAUGGCUCUAUGCGCUCUGCUCCUUGGCCUCUUCAUUCCCGACCUGAAUACCGUAUUUGGUCUUUUGGGAAGUUUCUGCGGUGGUGUCCUUGGUUUCUGCAUUCCCGCAUUGUACCGGAUGUACUGUGGUAACUGGGGCAUUUCUCAGGUGGGUGUGGUAAAUUACGUGUGUACGUACCUCCUCCUUAUAUCGGGAGUGAUCGCUGUGGUGUUUGGUACGGCUGCCUCAAUCUACAAUGUGGCUGUGUAA